UUCAGUUAAUAAAUUUUUUGCAUAUAUCGUUGUCUAUUCAGUUAAGUAUUGCAAAUUUAAUAAGAAUCAGCUUUUUGUGAAAGGACUUUUCAUACCUGUAUUGUGAAUCAUAUCCUCUUUUCAAGCCUUGUGAAAUCACUAAAGGCAGAGAUGCAGACAAUAUUUGAUUCUAAAAUUUGGAUUGACGUCCACAUAAACUACUGUACUAUCCGUUUUAUAAAUCAGGAACACAGAUUUCUGCAGAAUCAGAAAUUACUGAGACCAUAAUAUUUUCCAUGCACUACUUCUAAUCUGAUACAUCAAAAGUCUCAUACACACACGACACCUUCGAAUUUGCUACUGAACUGAAAGUAAAAAGAACUUGAUGGGGAGCGAGGUGAAGCACAUAGCAUAUGGACCGUGGGGAGGUCAAAGUGGGUAUAAAUGGGAUGAUGGAAUCUAUUCCGGUGUAAGGCAAGUAGUGAUCUCUACCAGUUCAGUUGGAAUCCAUUCCGUCCAGUUUGAGUAUGAUAAGAAUGGUCGCGCAAUUUGGUCUGACAAGCAUGGUGGCAACAAUGGUACUAGGACUGAUCAGAUCAAGCUUGACUACCCUACUCAAUAUCUAGUCUCAAUUAGCGGAUUUUGUGGCUCUAUUACGAAAGGUGGUCCAGUGAUUGUCCGCUCACUUUUCUUGCAAACCAACAGGAAAAAAUAUGGACCUUUUGGUAUUGAGCAAGGAGCUCCUUUCUCACUGCCUGUUAAUGAUGAGAUGUUAGUGGGUUUUCAUGGAUGGAGCAGUGAAUACCUUGAUUCAAUCGGGGUUUACGUAAAAUCUCAACCGCAAACAAAUCUUUUGGAGACACAUAGGAUGCUCCCUACUACUCAUGUUAGAGUUCCUGGGAUUAACAAGAAAGUCCUGUCACUUGGACCGUGGGGUGGUGAUGGUGGAACAAACUUCGAUGAUGGAAUUUAUACAGGGGUUCGAGAAGUACAUAUAACGCGAUCAGGAGGGCUGGUAUCCGUUAGAGUUUGUUAUGAUCAAAAUGGGAAGGUGGUUUGGGGGAAUAAGCAUGGUGGAUCUGGAGGACUCAAGCUUGACAAGAUUGUUUUCGACUAUCCCUACGAAAUCCUGACUCAUAUAACAGGAUUCUAUGGAUCCACAAUCCUGCGAGGACCUACAGUUGUCAAAUCACUUACUUUCCACACCAACAAAAGGAGUUACGGACCAUUUGGAGAUCCACAAGGGUUUUCGUUCUCCACAGGUUCGUUAGGUGCAAUUGUUGGCUUUCAUGGAAGAAAUGGAUAUUUUGUGCAUAGCCUUGGAGUCCAUGUUCUCGAAAGCAAACCAGUCUAUCCUCAGUCUUAUCCUGAUUAUGACAUGCCCAACCAUGUUCUUGAAAGAAAACCAUAUGCUGAUCAUUAUGACAUGGCUAAACAUGUUCUUGAAAGAAAACCUGUCCUUCCUCAGCCUUAUGCUGAUCAUUAUGACAUGCCUAAACAUGUUCCUGAUAGAAAACCAGUCCUUCCUCAGCCUUAUGCUGAUCAUUAUGACAUGCCUAAACAUGUUUUUGAAAGAAAACCAGCCAUCCAUCCGCCUUAUCCUGAUCAUUAUGAUAUGCCUGGCGUAAAGCCUUCUGAGGUAGUAUGGGGAAUGCCAAGACAACCAGCUCUCUAUGAUUCAGGUCAAUCAGGGCCAUGGGGAGGUGAAGGAGGUAAGUCAUGGGAUGAUGGAGUAUAUACUGGGGUCAAGAAAAUUAUUCUAACAAGAGGAGAUGCUAUUUGCUCAAUACAGAUUCAGUAUGAUGAACACGGCCACUCUGUUUGGUCUGCUCCACACGGAAUAGCCAACGACGCUUGCACCUACCAUAUAAAAUUUGAUUACCCAUACGAAGUACUUACAAGCAUCAGUGGAAGCUAUGAUAUUCUAGUCGGAGAUAUGUACAGAAGGGUAAUAAGAUCUCUCACCUUCCAUACGAACAAAGCUAAAUAUGGACCCUACGGGAAACCCAUAGGCACACACUUUUCUUCAAGUAAUAAAGAAGGUAAAAUAGUCGGCUUCCAUGGAAGGAGUGGCACUUUCUUGGAUGCUAUUGGAGUCCAUAUGCAGCACUGGGUGAGCGACGAACUGUCACAUCAACCAUAUUCUCCUGAGAGAGGAGGCUUCACAAAAAUCCUGAACAAAAUGUACAAAUGAUGUGUGUAUAAUUAUGCAUGGGAUCUUUGUACAUAUUGCAGUAUGGAAACUGCUAGCUUGUAUAAUAGGUUUCAGAUGAUGUUUGCUGUUUUUAAUCAACUUUGUAUUAUGCAUGUUUAUGUGUAUUGAUCAUCUGAUUUGCAUGUGUUCUUGUAAAGAGUCACCUGUAUAAUAAAACUCAUAUGAUCAUGGUUUUGCAAAGGCUAUUAGUGCAAUUAAUUCACAUGGAA